ACGUAAACUAUACAUAACAUAAUAAGUAACAACGGCUAAGGGAAGGCAAAUUUACUAAUGGAUAGCAUAAAAUAUAAGAAACGUAAACAGAAGUGCAGCGAUUAACAAUACAUUUUUCCAACGUAUACUAAAAUAUUAGCAUUCGUGAUACAGGCACAUUUCACAGAGAUUGAAGAGUAUGAAGGCUUAACAAAUAUUUCUUUAUAAAUCUAUCCAUAAAUCUACAUUUGCAAUUAUUCCAAGUAACCAAAUAAAACUUGUUCAGUGAUGAUUAUAUAGAUAACAGUGUUAGGUUAUGUAGAGCUUGAAAAACAAAUUAUAUGUAUUUCUGUCAAUAAUUAAAUAUCAACAACGUUCGAUCGAAACGUAUAAUGGAACUUGGCGACCUAAUAUUAAUUCCAAAACUUGAUAACGUUGCGUUGGUAAAUAAAAGUGAUGGCAAUUACAAAAGUAUAGAUGGAAGACUAUGUAUUAGUAGUCACCAUCUUCUUUGGUCUUCGCGACAAGGCGAUGGACAAGAGCUCUGGCUAUUAUAUCGAAAUAUUGACCUUAUAGAGAAAAAAUUGAAUACCCAAAGUCCAGGUGGUACCAUUAUAUUAAAAUGUAAAGAUUUUCACAUUCUUCAAUUAGAUAUUAAUUCAACAGAUGACUUAACAAAUGUUGCGCUAUCUAUAGAGAUGUUAACGUCGCAAGAGCAAACUUUACAGUAUCCCUUUUUUAAUAGACCACAAGUUACUAACAGUACUGUAAAACAAAUAGAAGAUGGGUGGACUGCAUUUGCUCCAGUAUCAGAAUGGUCCAGAUUGUUAACUGCUUAUGCGGAUGAAUGGCGUAUUAGUUAUUUAAAUAAAGACUACAAAGUUUGCAAUUCUUAUCCUUCUGCUGUUAUAGUACCACGUCAUAUAGAAGAUAAAAUUAUAAUAUCAUCUGCCAAUUUUAGAGAUGGUGGACGAUUUCCAGUUUUAUGUUACAGACACGAAGGAGGGAGUAUCUUGUUAAGAAGUAGUCAACCAAUGUGUGGCACUAAUGGUAAAAGAUGUAAAGAAGAUGAAAGAUUGUUAAAUGCUGUGUUAGGGCCAGGAAGACGUGGUUAUAUAAUAGAUACAAGGUCCAUUAGCCAAGCUCAAAGUUCCAGAGCUAAGGGUGGUGGUACAGAAAUGGAUGCUGCUUAUCCGCAAUGGCGGAAAGUACACAAAGCGGUUCCGCGACCCCAUGAUUUAGCAGAUAGUUUUUUUAAAUUGAUAGAAGCUUGUAAUGAUAUAACGUGUUCUACUUCCCAGUGGAUCUCAAGACUUGAUAACGGCGGAUGGUUAUCCGCUGUACAAAGCGCUUUAAACGCUGCUUGUGUAACUGCUCAGUGUCUUCAUCAAGAAGUUGCAGCUGUAUUAGUUCAUGGUAGUGCUGGCAGAGAUUCUACUUUAGUGGUAACCAGCUUAGCACAAACGAUAUUAAAUCCUGACUGUAGAACAGUACGUGGCCUUCAAGCUUUAAUCGAACGUGAAUGGAUACAAGCUGGUCACCAAUUUUUUAGCCGUACACGUCAUGGACCAUAUCAUCCAUCAAAUUCACAAAAUCCAACGCAUGCUCCGACUUUUCUUCUUUUCCUCGACUGUCUUUAUCAACUCCAUUAUCAAUUCCAAUUUAGCUUUGAAUAUACAGUAGAAUUAUUGAUUGAAUUGUACAAUCAUGCAUAUUACUCUAAUUAUGGCACAUUUUUAGGUGAUUCAGAAGCAGAGAGAGUUAGACUUCGAUUAUCUGAACGAACGUGUAGUUUAUGGUCUUAUAUAAAUCAACCGGAAAUAUUGGAGAAAUGGUUGAACCCUUUGUAUGAACCAAAUUCAGGAGUCAUUUGGCCCAGUGUUGCACCUAUUAGUAUUCAGUUGUGGAAGGAACUUUACCUUGGCCAUACAAGUGUUGCUCCAUGGAAAAGUUUACCAUCAUGUAUAAAACAAAUAAAACAAAACUAUAUGGCAGUACGCAAAGUUGCCAGUCAAUUACAAAUUCAGAUUAAACAAGCGAUAGAGCAAAUGCGUUCAAACCCUGAUAUAUGUUAUGAAGAGGAAAAUCAAGAUGAGCAUACUUGUAUAGCACAAUUAAGUCUAGAAUCUCGAAAUACGUGAUAUACAUUAUGGACAAUAUAAAGAGGAAAAAAAUUCAUUUACAUGAGACAUACAAUAUCGUAAUUUGAACUUAUUUACGACAUAAAAUUACCAAGUAAUACAAUCGUGUGUUUAUCAAAAAUUCACCAAAAUUUCAAAAGUUAUUUAUCUCAUAUAUACGUUUUUUUAUGUUUCCUUAGGAUAAAAAUCAUUUUUUCCAUAAUAUAAUAAUUGAAAUAUAAAUAACACGUUCACGUGUGUAAAGACGCACAUUGUUUAUUCAAUUAUUUAUUCUUAAACAAUUUAUUAUAAUAUACAUAAGAUUUAUAUUAUACAUGUAGAGCAGAGGAAACAAGUAUUUAUUGAUUCCACUCAGAUAUCCGGUCCCUUAUAUACGUCAAGUAAUUGUAAAUAUAACAUUGUACGAAGUAUAUAUACAGUGAAAAAAUGAAAUGUUUACAACUACUUCGUAUUCAAUAUUGUUUUAUUUUUAAAUAUAUACAUAAUAUUUUUAUAAAAGAAAAUAGAAAAAAGAAUGAAUUAUAAAAUUAUGGUACAUUGAUUCCAUUCUCGAAUUGUACAUAUAUCCAAAAGUAAAAAUAGUCUGGACGCAGAAAAAAGACGGUAAAGACAAGUUCUUACCGUUAUAUAGGAAGGACGAAUGAAAUAUGAGAAGGAAAAGUGGAUAAACAGAGACAGAUAGAUCAGGAGGAGAGGGUUAAGGGCAACAGGAUUAUUACUACCAAUGAAAAGAGGGAGAUCGUUGGAGGGGAAAUACAGCAGGUGUUCAUACUAAACAAAGAAACUGAAAUAAAUCCUAUAUUCACUGCUUUGAAA